AUGUGGCAAGUCUACAUCCACGAGAAGUUCCAUUUAGCAAGGACCUCUCCCUUCUCAUCAAUUCUCAUCGCAGACAAACAAAAACAGCUAAAGUUUUCGGGUACGUCCAAGACGGCUCCUUCGGCUUCUAGUCCUGCAGCCAGCUUUAAGACCGUCGCCCUUUUCCAAAAGAAGAAACCUGCACCCAAGGCUAAGCCCGCCCCCGUCACCCCGGCUUCCGACGAGCUUGCCAAGUGGUACGGUCCUGAGAGAAGAAUAUUCUUGCCCGAAGGUCUUUUGGACCGGUCGGAAAUCCCAGAGUACCUCAAUGGGGAAGUCGCCGGAGAUUAUGGUUAUGAUCCUUUUGGACUUGGCAAGAAACCAGAAGACUUUGCCAAAUACCAAGCGUUCGAGCUUAUUCAUGCACGAUGGGCUAUGCUGGGUGCGGCGGGUUGCAUCAUUCCCGAGGCCUUCAACAAGUAUGGUGCCAACUGUGGCCCUGAAGCUGUCUGGUUCAAGACGGGUGCUCUACUACUUGAUGGGAACACAUUGAAUUACUUCGGGAAGAACAUCCCCAUUAACCUCGUCCUGGCUGUCGUUGCAGAGGUUGUUCUUGUUGGUGGUGCUGAAUACUACAGAAUCACCAACGGCUUGGAUUUUGAGGACAAGCUACACCCUGGUGGCCCAUUUGACCCAUUGGGAUUGGCUAAUGAUCCAGACCAGUUUGCAUUGUUGAAGGUGAAGGAGAUCAAGAAUGGUAGACUAGCAAUGUUCUCCAUGUUUGCGUUCUUCAUCCAAGCGUACGUGACUGGACAGGGCCCUGUUGAAAACCUAGCUUCUCACUUGAGCGAUCCCUUUGGAAACAACAUUCUAACUGUUAUUUCUGGAAACAUUGAACGAACCCCAACCCUGUAAACCCCAAAUUUCAACUCUUCAUCAUGAUUGAUAAUCAAAUGCCACUCAUGUAAUCUAUACUUUUUGAUUUUAUGACAAGGUGUUCGAUCAUAUGUUGGGUCAACAUAUAUUCAUUUCGUUUGUUUAUCA